AUGGCAUGUGUGCAGCUAUCCGUGUUCAAUGUUCAGACUUCUGCAUUUCUCUAGCAUCACAGUACUACACAUCAUAGGCGGUUGGACUUGCCUCACGCGGAGCCCUCCCGCAUCUCCAAGGACUUGGUACUUCCAUUCAACUCCACAUUCCAUCUCGCGGCGGAAAAUAAACGGACACGUUUAUCCGUCCUUCGUUUUCUCUCUUGUUUUCGCCCUCCCACAGUUGUUAUUAGAAGGCAAGAACUGUGGGCUGAAUCAAGUGCUGCUUCCAAAUCAUGGGCGUUCCAUUAUAAUUUCCAAUCUAAGCUUCACGACUUUACGGAUGACCAUUUCUGGUAACAUGCCAACGACGAAUAAGACAUCAAACAGCAUGGCACAAAGGGAACCAGACGUCAUGAAUUCCUCACUAGCAUUCAGCAAAAACGACUUAAAAGCUACAACGACGGAACCAUCCUUCAAACAAGGCAUCACAGCCUCACAUAUCUCAACCCGUUGCUAG